AGCAAGUUAACAAAGACUGUUAAGAUUUCAGGAAUAUUUGGAGAAAUGCCUGGCUAGGGUUUGGUCUACGAGGAAUUGAACAACGAUCUCGAUCCACCAACGAGUUAUCUGCAGUAAUUCGGUCGGAGACUCAGUUCCGUUCCCGAGUUUGGACGGCGGCGGCGGCGAAGGGAAAGAAUGGCCUCUACCCGGUAAACGUCUCCGUUCACUGUUUUUUUCACUCUCUGGGUAAAUCAUUUUGAGAAAGUAGUGAAAUGGUUAUUAGGAAGCAACUUUGCAGCAAUUGCUAUCUCUUGUUUCGUCCUCACACCAAAUGCUUAUCUUCAGCAACCGUAGAAUCAAGUUUCAAUGACAUAGAAACCCAAAUUAGAUCAUUAUGUGAUAAAUCCAGUCCCCGACUCGAAGAUGCUUUGCUCCUCUUUAAUCAAGCAGUUGAAAUCCACGGCCUGCCUUCUGAAUCAACAUGCGAUUUUCUUUUACAAACAUUUUCACAGUCGAGGAAGUAUAACAUGGUUAUCAAUGUCUACAAUAAGAUGAAGGGUAUUCAAGUUUUUCGCAGUAUCAUAUCAUUGCAAGUUCUUAUCAAGUUUUUCCUUCAUUCAAAUAAGCCCGAUUUUUCUUUUGGAGUGUUGGGCACGAUGGUGAAGUGUGGUUUUCAAGUUAACACAUAUUGUAUAAAUGUUGUUUUAAAUGGACUUUGUCGAAAUGGUGAUACUUCAAGAGCUGUAAAGGUUUUCAAUGAAUGGUGCAGAGGGUCUGUAUUGCCUGAUGUGAUUACUUUCAGCACUCUUAUGAACGGGCUUUGUAAAGAGGGUCGAAUGGGAGAAGCAAUUGAUUUGUUUGACGACAUGAAGCUGAAGGGCAUCAAUCCGGAUGUUAUUACUUUCACAACUCUUAUGAACGGGCUUUGUAUAAAUGAUCGAAUGAGAGAAGCAAUGGAUUUGUUUGAUGACAUGAGGUUGAAGGGCCUCAAUCCGAAUGUUCUUACUUACAACACUCUUAUGAACGGGCUUUGUAUAAAUGAUCGAAUGAGAGAAGCAAUGGAUUUGUUUGAUGACAUGAGGUUGAAGGGCCUCAAUCCGAAUGUUCUUACUUACAACACUCUUAUGAACGGACUUUGUAAAGAGGGUCGAAUGGGAGAAGCAAUGUAUUUGUUUGAUGACAUGAAGUUGAAGGGCAUGAAUCCGAAUGUUUCUACUUAUAACACUCUUAUGAACGGACUUUGUAAAGAGGGUCGAAUGGGAGAAGCAAUGUAUUUGUUUGAUGACAUGAAGUUGAAGGGCAUGAAUCCGAAUGUUUCUACUUAUAACACUCUUAUGAACGGGCUUUGUAAAGAGGGUCGAAUGGGAGAAGCAAUGGAUUUGUUUGAUGACAUGAAGCUGAAGGGCUUCAAUCCGGAUGUUGUUACCUACAGCACUCUUAUGAACGGGCUUUGUGAAAAGGGUCAAAUGGGAGAAGCAAUAGAUUUGUUUGAUGACAUGAAGCUUAAGAGCCUCAAUCCGGAUGUUAUUACUUACAACACUCUUAUGAAUGGGCUUUGUAAAGAGGGUCAAAUGGGAGAAGUAAUGGAUUUGUUGGAUGACAUGAAGCUGAAGGGCCUCAAUCCGGAUGUUUCUACUUACAACACUCUUAUGAAUGGGCUUUGUAAAGAGGGUCAAAUGGGAAAAGCAAUGGAUUUGUUUGAUGACAUGAAGCUGAAGGGCUUCAAUUCGGAUGUCAUUACUUACAACACUCUUAUGAACGGGCUUUGUAAAGAGGGUCGAAUGGGAGAAGCAAUGGAUUUGUUUGAUGACAUGAAGCUGAAGAACAUCAAUCCGAAUGUUUCUACUUACAACACUCUUAUGAACGGGCUUUGUAAAGAGGGUCGAAUGGGAGAAGCAAUGGAUUUGUUUGAUGACAUGAAGCUGAAGGGCUUCAAUCCCAAUGUGAUUACUUUCACCACUCUUAUGAGCGGGCUUUGUAAAGAGGGUCGAAUGGGAGAAGCAAUGGAUUUGUUUGAUGACAUGAAGCUGAAGGACAUCAAUCCGAAUGUUUUUACUUACAACACUCUUAUGAAUGGGCUUUGUAAAGAGGGUCAAAUGGGAGAAGUAAUGGAUUUGUUGGAUGACAUGAAGCUGAAGGGCCUCAAUCCGGAUGUUUCUACUUACAACACUCUUAUGAAUGGGCUUUGUGAAAAGGGUCAAAUUGGAGAAACAAUGGAUUUGUUUGAUGACAUGAAGCUGAAGGGCCUCAAUCCAGAUGUUGUUACCUACAACACUCUUAUGAACGGGCUUUGUGAAAAGGGUCAAAUUGGAGAAACAAUGGAUUUGUUUGAUGAUAUGAAGCUGAAGGGCCUCAAUCCAGAUGUUGUUACCUACAACACUCUUAUGAACGGGCUUUGUGAAAAUGGUCAAAUGGGAGAAGCAAUAGAUUUGUUUGAUGACAUGAAGCUUAAGAGCCUCAAUCCGGAUGUUAUUACUUACAGUGCACUUGUAAAUGGAUUUUGCAAAGCUGGGAAUUUCGACGAGGGAAAGAAACUUUACGAUAUGAUGUUGGAAAAAGGAGUUGAACCGGACGCAUUCAUUUAUUCAAGUUUAUUACAGUUUCUUUGCAAAAUGAGGCGAUGGGAGGAAGCUAGCGAGUUAUUCAAUGUGAUGUCACACCGAGGAAUAAAACAGAAUCGGGUAAUCUAUAACGUUUUAAUCGAUGGGCUGUGUAAAGAUGGAAGGCCUAUGGAUGCCAUGCGGUUAGUAGACUUAAUGGAGGAGAAUGGUGAAGAGUCAGACAAAAUAACAUAUACUUCACUAAUCAAUGAAUUUUGUAAAUCUGGUAUGGUUACCGAAGCUUUAAGAGUCUUUGAAAGAAUGACUAAAGGGAAUAAUAAUAAAAUCGACAUUGUUUCUUACAAUUCAUUAGCUUGGGGGCUUUGCAAGAAUGGGAAGGUUGAUGAGGCGGUGAGGUUAGUAUCUUUGAUGUUGAAAGACGAGAAUCGUGUAGAGCCAAAUCAUCAAUUGUUAACAGCUUUAAUUUACGGGCUAUGUAAAGAAGGUCGUCUAAAGAAAGCGAUGGAGAUUCAUCGUGAAAUGAACAUGAGAGAAAUAUUUCCUCUUAAUAUACUAAUACAUGCUCAUUUGAAGAAAGGAGAUGUUGGUGAAGGAAUGAAGUUAUUGAAGAAUGGGCUUGAAAUGGGAUUAGUUCUGGAUUCAUACACUUAUUCAGCGUUGAUAAAUGGAUUCUGCCGAUUGAGAAUGAUGAACAUUGCGAAAGGUCUUUUGAUUCACAUGACGAAUCGUGGAAUUCUGCUUGCAACUCGUCAUUACAACAAGUUACUAGAAAUUCUCUGCAAAGAAGGUAGUUUGGAGGAGGCAAAAAGUUUCUUUUUAGCGAUGAGCAAAACAGACAGUAAACCGGAUGUUUUCUCUUUUAAUAUCAUAAUUAAUGCAACUCUAAGAGCGAAUGAUCUACAAUCGGCGGAACAAUUAUUCGAGGAAAUGCUUCAAAUGGGCGUGGAACCUGAUGUUGUGAUCUUUUCAACACUUGUAAAUGGAUUUAUGAAAUUAGGACAUUGGCAGGCGGGAAAAGCCACCUUCGAGAGGAUGGUGGCUUGCGGUUAUGGUCCUACUGCUGCUGUAUACGAUUCUUUGCUAAACGGUUUUCUUGCGAUGGGUGAAAAGGAAGAAAUAAUUGGUUUGCUUAGACGGAUGGCAGCUGAGGGGUUUCGUCUUGACAAAGAAAUUACUGACAUGCUACUGGACGUUUCUGUACCCGAUGUUAAUCCAUGAGCGAGAGUUCCUACACUUGUUGACAGUCAUGUUUUCUGUACCCAAUAUGAGACCAAGACCGACGAUAUGCACCUGUUGCUGAAGGCUGGGACCGACAUGGUUGCACCUGAUGAACCCAGAACUGAUGAAUGUUGUUGAGGACCGAGGACCAAUGUUUGUUGUAUUUGAGGAUCGAGGACCCUUACUACUAACUAAGGAUCGACGUUGUUGCACGAUAAGGACUAAAGACUAAUGUUUGUUGCACCCGAUGACCGAAACCG